UGCCUUGGGUGAUUACAUCAUUUUCCCGCCGCUGGGCUUGGUGGGAAAUUUCAACAUGGCGGACGAAAAGCAGAGAUGGCUUCCGCUGGAAUCCAACCCAGAGGUGAUGAACAAGUUUGUGAAGGAGCUGGGGAUGCCAGGCAGCUGGUCGUACACAGAUGUGUUUGGGCUGGAUGAUGACUUGCUGGCUAUGGUGCCUCAGCCUUGUGUGGCUCUACUGCUGCUCUUCCCCAUCAAUGAUAAGUAUGAGGUGUUUCGUAAGGGUGAAGAGGAGAGAAUAAAGGAGGCUGGUCAGAACAUCACUCCCAAACUGUACUACAUGAAACAGACAAUAGGGAACGCCUGUGGGACCAUCGCUCUUCUACACAGUAUUGCCAACAACCAGGAGGCUAUCAAGCCAGAGAAAGCUCUGAAGACAUUUUUGGAAAACACAGCCAGUAUGGAUCCAGUUGAAAGAGCUGCGUAUCUAGAAAAAGAUGAGUCGAUCAAGGUUGCCCAUGAAUCAAGUGCCCUGGAAGGACAGACAGAGACCCCCAGCCGUGAUGACGAGAUCAACCUUCAUUUUGUGGCCUUGGUGCACAAGGAGGGGGAGCUGUAUGAACUGGAUGGUAGAAAGCCUUUCCCUAUCAACUGGGGGAAAACCACCCCUGACAGCUUCCUUGCGGAUGCAGCCAAGGUGUGUAAGGAGUUUAUGAACAGGGAUCCGGAUGAGCUGCAUUUCACCAUCGUGGCACUGGCCCAAACCGGUUAAUUCUGGCCCAAACUGGUUAAUUCUGUACCAACCAGCUGGAACAGCCUGCGAAGCUGCAUCGUGGAAUCAAUAGUCACAGGCAGGCACCGCCUGGAAACUCCUCUAGACUUCCAGAGGGAUCUGUCACUGUUAGAAAUAUUUGGCACUUUUUGCUCCCAC